GUCACCUUCUCAGCACUUCAAUGAGGACAGAUACUCUCCUGCAUCAAGGAGUAUGAAGGGUCUAUCUGGCAGCCGAACUCAGCCACAGCUAAGUUCAGGACACACUUGUGGCUUAGCGGAAUGUGAACAUUCCCACGACCAUAUCCACCAUGGGCAGGACUCGAGGCAAUCAUAUUUACUUAGUCCUACGGACAGCUGCCAAAUGGACCACCAUCGCUGCUCGCCUCGUAGCUCCGUCCACUCAGAUUGCAUGACGAUGCCUGUGAUGAUGGCAGACCACAUCUCAAGCAGCACUUUCCCGAGAAUGCACUACAGCUCUCAUUAUGACACCAGGGAUGACUGUGCCGUAUCACACGCCGACAGCAAGAUCAACCGAAUCCCAGCCAACCUCUUGGAUCAGUUUGAAAAGCAGCUGCCACUGCACAGAGAUGGCUUCCACACCCUGCAGUACCAGAGGACAUCCACCACAGAGCAGCGCAGUGAAAGCCCUGGAAGAAUACGGCACCUUGUCCACUCAGUCCAAAAACUUUUUACUAAGUCUCACUCUUUGGAAGGGUCUUCAAAAAGUAAUAUGAAUGGAACUAAGGGAGACAGCAGAAGUGACAGCCACCAUCACGGUCACCACUCGAAACAUAGUAAAAGGAGUAAAAGUAAGGAGAGAAAGCCAGACUCCAAGCAUAGAUCAGGGAUGGGCUGGUGGAGCUCUGAUGACAACUUGGAUAGUGACAGCACUUACAGAACACCAAGUGUCAUGAGUAGGCAUCACAUUGACCAUAUCAGCCAAUGUUACCCGGAAUCUAUGCAAGGCCACUUUGGAGACUUUACCCUAAAGACUUCAAAAAGCAACAAUGACGUUAAAUGUUCAGCCUGUGAAGGGCUGGCCAUGGCGCCUGAAGGAAAGUUCAUGAAAAGGAGCUCAUGGUCAACUCUAACUGUGAGCCAAGCCAAGGAGGCUUAUCGCAAGUCAUCACUAAAUCUGGAAAAGCCAAUGAUGCAUCAGGAUAUUAAACCAUCCCUGAGGCCAUGCCAUUACCUACAGGUGCCUCAAGAUGAGUGGGGAGGGUACCCAGGGAUUAACAAAGAUGACGAGAUCCCCUGCAGGAGGAUGAGGAGUGGAAGUUAUAUCAAAGCCAUGGGAGACGAUGAAAGUGGAGAGUCUGACACCAGCCCUAAAGCAUCACCAAAGGCAGCCAUUCGACCAGAUUCCCUUGUCAAAUCUACGGGGCAGCGACCACAUGGAGACCACCAAAUCCAGACCUACCACCUGCAUGCUGCGAGAGAUAUGCAUCCCAGUGUCAGCUUGGAUCCUGCAGCCAACUAUAACUCCCCCAAGUUCCGUUCCAGAAAUCAGAGCUACAUGAGAGCAGUGAGCACCCUCAGUCAGGCAAGCUGUGUUAGUCAGGUGAGUGAGACUGAGAUCAAUGGCCAGUUUGAAUCAGUUUGCGAGUCCGUUUUUAGUGAAGUAGAAUCUCAGGCUAUGGAUGCCUUGGACCUGCCUGGCUGUUUCCGCACUCGAAGCCACAGUUACCUGCGUGCUAUUCAGGCUGGUUACUCCCAGGAUGAUGACUGCAUACCUUCAAUGACAUCUUCCACAGUCACCUCAACUAUCAGAUCCACAACAGGGAUCCAGUUUCGCCUUCCAUCUGCCGUGGAUCCGGCACCACAAUCUCCAGCAGUAACAUAUACCACCAGUUACAAAAAAGCACCACCCCCCGUCCCUCCACGUACCACCUCCAAGCCGCUCAUUUCAGUCACAGCCCAAAGCAGUACGGAAUCCACCCAAGAUGCUUACCAUGACAGCAGGCAUCAAAGGGGGGGACUGUGGCCUCUUGACAUCCGGGGCAUGUACAACUCUACUGACAGUCUAGACAGCACCAAAGCAGUAACUCUCGCUAUGGAGACGGCAUCCGGCAAGCGACAUGCAUCUACUGACAGCCACAGCUCCGUUCUCACCAGCGACAAGGGCAUCCUGGUGAAAAAGGGAGACGAAUUUUUGAAGAGUCUGAGAUCCUCCAUAGGGAUUCAGGUGGAAACAGCGACUGAUUCUGAAUCUGAAGGCAGAGGCCCACGGGAAUACCAUUCAGUCGGAGUGCAAGUGGAAGACAAAAAACGACAUGGGAGAUUCAAGCGCUCAAACAGCGUCACUGCUGCUGUUCAGGCUGAUCUGGAACUAGAAGGUUUCCCCGGCCACGUCACCAUGGAGGACAAGGGCCUUCAAUUUGGAGGCUCUUUUCAACAGCACUCUGAGCCCAGCACCCCCACUCAGUACGGUGCAGUCCGGACUGUAAGGACCCAGGGCCUCUUCAGUUACAGGGAGGACUAUCGGGCUCCUGUUGAGCCCCCCAGCCCUCAGCCUGAACCAUGGCUUGUGGAGUCGCCUCGCGAGGUGGUAGAAACAGGCAGGGUGUCUCCCUGUCGACUUGAUGGAAGCUGGUUCAUGCAGCUGUUACAUGCUGAGACCAAGAGGAUGGAAGGCUGGUGCAAAGAGAUGGAGAGAGAAGCAGAAGAAAAUGAUCUCUCAGAAGAAAUCCUAGGUGAAAUCCGGAGUGCAGUUGGAAGUGCUCAGCUCCUCAUGUCUCAGAAAUUCCAGCAGUUUUACUGGCUCUGUCAGCAGAACCUGGACCCCAGUGCGAUGCCUAGGCCCACCUCUCAAGACCUGGCAGGAUUCUGGGAUCUUUUACAGCUUUCCAUUGAAGAUGUCAGCAUGAAGUUUGCUGAGCUGCACCAGAUAAAGAACAAUGGCUGGAGGCUCAUUGAAACUCCAGAAAAGAAGGAGGAAAAGAAAACCCCAGCUCCCUUACCAAAGAAGCCCCCAAAAGGAAAACUUGCUGUCACACGAGAAAGGUCCCUGGACCUGCCAGACAGACAGCGACAGGAAGCCAGAAAACGACUUAUGGCUGCCAAGAGGGCGGCUUCCUUUCGUCAGAAUUCAACUACAGAGCGAGCCGACAGCAUUGAGAUUUAUAUCCCAGAGGCCCAGACCAGACUUUAAGACAUAGAAUGCUUCGGAAUGUUCAGUUUGUUAUCCAUGUUCAACAUUUUUUUUUGCAUGCAUCAUUUUAUAUCUACAUUUGGUGUUCAUUGUGUCAUCAACACAACACCUUCCACAUAAUUUGUUUCUCAGUAAAAAAAAGGACCCUUUUUUUUACCUUGGUUGUCUCUCAAAAUUAAUUAGAGUCUCUUCAAUAAUAAAAUUGCUUCGGAAUGACCAUAUCACUCAACACAAAAUGUACCUAGGGGGUUGUCCAGCUAUUUCAAGUUUUUCAAGGUUUCUCACAAAGUGCAACUUUUUAUAAAUCCACCAGCAAAAUCAGUCUUUGGCUAAAGCGUAAGGGUGAAAGCGCAAACCAGUUUGUAGUUCAAGGGUAGUCAGAACUGAUGACUCUCUUCACAUAAUUUAAUCAGGGUUUUUUUAAGGGUAUUAUAAAAAUGUAUUGGCUGCUUGAUCGUUGGAUUACUGAACUGACACAUGAGUCACGUUCUGAUUGUCUUAUUAGAACACUGCAUAAUUAGCACAACAAUGCUGAUGUUUAAAUACCUCAAUAAUUAAUUACAUCAUUUAAAGCUGAGUGGGUCGUCAUCAUUUCUGAAAUCACCUUUGGUUAUCACUCUGUAUGCUCUGCUUUGUAAAGGUUGAAAAUAAUGGAUUACCCCCACCCCCUUCUUCCCAAGAGAUGAAGCAGGCUCUACAAAUGGAAUUCCCAGUGCUGCAUCUACGGGAAAAAAAGAAAUGUGCCAACUAAUACACAAACAGCCAAACACUGUCAUCCAGCUUUAUCGUCUUGUUAAUUGCAGAGAAACAUUAUUCUGUGCCAUCAUUUCAAACAUAAAAUGUGAUUGUGCCAACUAGAAAAAAAAGAAAGAAAUGGAGAGCUUAUUUAUCAAUCAAUGCAUUUUAUCUGUAGGUAUGCUGUAUGUUGUACAUCGCUUAGUUAG